AUGAUUUUAUAUUUAAUAAAGAUUAAAAAAGAGAGUAUCAUAAUUGAGAGUGAUUAUACAUUAACACAAAAAUAAUAAAUAAAAUCUACAAAUAAUUCAAAUUCACAAAAUUUGAAACAAAUAAUAAUAAAUAUAUUAAAUAAAGUACACCUAAAAUUUUAGUUGUAACAACACCUAAAAACAAUAAUUAUAAUAAUAAUUAAGAAAUUGAACCAUGGGCAAAAUUAAAGAGAAUACCAUUAAAAAUAAUAAGAAGUCAAUGUGGAAAGUGUGAUAGCUAUACUGCUUUUUAAGUUAAACUUAUUAGACUGA